UAUCAUAGUCCUUCGAAAAGCUAAACAGAUCCUUUGGGUCCGUCCUCCUCUCUUAUCUUUUUUUCUUGUUAAAUCGGACAUCCUCAAUCUCUGUCUCAAAUUCGACAUAGCUGUAUCAUCUUCUUGCUCUCUCGAAUUACAGGAAAACAAAACCCUAGUUUUCUCUUUCUCUCUCUCCAAAUGAUAACCUAGCUCUCUCUCUCUCUCUCUCUCUCUCUCUCUCUCUCUCUCUCUAUCUUUUCUCUUCUUCGCAUGUGCAAAGCUAUCAACAUCUGUUUUGAUUGAAAGCUAAGUUUCCAAUUCCGAAAAAAAAACAGAAGAGAUUGAAAGUGUGUAUGUCAAGACAAGCCACCAAACUACAAAGAAACACACACACCGUGUUGUUCCUUAAAGACCCAGCAACCAGAUAAUCUCACCUCCUCUUCUUCUUCCUGACAUUUUCUCGCUUUGUUUUCUGGUGAUUUGGGGGUUAUUGUUUCGCCCUUUUCUGCAAUGUGGGCUCGCAUUUGGUGAAGCCGCUCAUUAUUUCUAGGGAUUGUAUUCUGGUAAGCCUUUAAAAGAAGAACUCUCUCAAUGGCCUUGUUUAGAAAGUUCUUCUACAAAAAGCCUCCUGAAGGGUUAGUGGAGAUCUCCGAGAGGGUUUACGUCUUUGAUUGCUGCUUAACAACGGAUAUGCUGGAAGAAGAAGAGUACAGAGUCUCCGUAGGACGCAUAAUGAGCCAGCUGCGAGAACAGUUCCCUGGUGCAUCCUUCAUGGUCUUUAAUUUCCGUGACGGAGAGAGCACAAGCCUGAUGGAGAGUGUGCUCUCCGAGCACGACAUGACCACCAUCAUGGACUACCCUCGUCACUACGAAGGCUGCCCUUUGCUCACAAUGGAAACGGUUCACCACUUUCUUAAAUCAAGCGAGAAUUGGUUGUUGUUGAGCCAACAGAACAUCUUGUUGGCACACUGCGAGCGUGGCGGCUGGCCUGUUCUGGUUUUUAUGCUCGCUUCCCUCUUGCUGUACCGCAAGCAGUUCAGCGGAGAAGAGAAAACACUUGAGAUGAUGUAUAAGUAUGCUCCUCGCGAGCUGUUGCAGCUGAUGUCUCCGCUGAAUCCGCUCCCUUCGCAGCUGAGGUUUCUUCGGUAUGUUUCGAGUAGGAGCGUUGGCUCGCAGUGGCCGCCGCUGGACCGGGCGGUUACGUUGGACUGUAUCAAUCUUAAGCUGGUUCCUGACUUUGAUGGUGAGGGUGGGUGCCGGCCGAUAUUUAGAAUAUAUGGUCAGGAUCCGUUUAUGGCUUCCGACCGGACUUCGAAAGUCCUUUUCUCCAUGCCUAAAAGAAGCAAAGCUGUUAAGCAUUAUAAGCAGGCAGAUUGUGAGGUGGUGAAGAUUGACAUUAAUUGCCAUAUUCUCGGUGAUGUGGUGCUUGAGUGCAUUACUUUAGAUAGUGAUCAUGAGAGGGAAGAGAUGAUGUUUCGUGUUGUGUUCAAUACUGCGUUUCUUAGAUCGAACGCUCUACUACUUAACCGUGAUGACGUUGAUGUGCUGUGGAACACAACAGAUCGGUUUCCCAAAGGUUUCAGAGCCGAGGUUAUAUUUUCGGAGAUGGGAGCUGGUAACAAUCACGUCUCUGUUGAUUUGCCGGAUAUGGAGGAGAAUGAUGGUUUACCUAUGGAAGCGUUUGCUAAGGUUCAGGAGAUUUUUAGUGAUGGAGAAUGGUUGGAUCCAAACUCUGAUGUUGCUGUGACUGUUUUUAACCAAAUAACAGCAGCAAACAUCCUUCAAGAGAGCUUGGAUUCAGGUUCCCCUCGAAGCCCUGACUCGCGUAGCCUAAUUGAAUCGGCGCUUGAGAAGGUUAGGGAGAAAACCAAGUUGAUGAUAUCGGAUAACGUUGCUGUGAGUCCUGAUGCAUUCUCUCCGGUGUGGAAAGAGAGAGACACAGAUUCUUGUCAUAGAUCUUAUGCAGAUCCGAACUCACUCAUUAAGAAGGUUGAUGAACCGCAUGGACUUCGAGUUUCUGUGCAAAGACAAGUUCACUCGAAGAUAAUCUCACCGAGAUUGACAUCACCAGUUUUAAAUCGUUGCCCCACACAAGCAUCGUCUCCUGCUUCAGUCUCAAGGUUUCACAGCUCCCCUUCUAGUCUUGGGAUCACUUCAAUAUUACACGAUCAUGGUCCAGGUAAAGGUGAAGAGGCUACUUCUUCUUCAUCACCUUCCAUCACGUUUCAACCAGCUUUGCAUCCGCUGAUACUUAAAGCUUCUCCUUCAAAUGGCUCUCCCCCAGGAGAAACAGUUGUGAAGCCACCAACGUUGCCACUGCUGAAGCCACUUAAGAUUUUGUCUCCUCCUCCUCCUCCACCACCCCCACCACGACGUCCUGCAUCCUCCUCUCUGCGUUCCACAGCAACACAAGGGCCACCUCCACCGCCUCCGCCUCCACCUCAACGUUCUGCACAGCCGUCUUUUCCUUCGCCACCACCGCCGCCACCUCCAAAGAAAGUGGCAACCACAUCUAACGCUCCACCUCCUCCGCCACCACCUUUGCGUUCUAAACCUCUUUCCGGAGCAGCUGCAGCCCCUCCCGUUCCUCCUCCACCAGCCCCUUCAGCUCUGUCUCGCUCUCAAAACGGUGGCUGCAAUGGAAACGUUCCUCCAGUCCCUGGACCACCACUGGGUUUAAAGGGGCGGGGAAUGUUACAGACGAAUCUUAAAGGUCAGGGUCAAACGAGAAAGGCCAAUUUGAAGCCGUAUCAUUGGUUGAAGCUUACUAGGGCGUUGCAAGGAAGUUUAUGGGCUGAGGCGCAGCAGACACCUGAUGAAGCUGCUACUGCUCCAGAGUUCGACAUCUCUGAGCUUGAGAAACUCUUCUCAGCAGCGAUUCCUACUUCUGACAAUGAAACCAAAGGUGGGAAGUCAGGUCGACGUGGCCGGCCUAAAGUUCAGAAAGUCCAGCUGAUUGAGCUCAGACGAGCAUACAACUGUGAGAUCAUGCUCUCUAAAGUUAAAAUACCUUUGCCUGAUUUAAUGAGUUCUGUUCUUGCAUUGGAUGAGUCGGUGAUAGAUGUUGAUCAAGUUGACAAUUUAAUCAAGUUUUGUCCAACAAAAGAAGAAGCAGAACUGCUCAAGGGCUACACUGGAAAUAAGGAAAAUUUGGGACGGUGUGAGCAGUUCUUUUUGGAAUUGCUGAAAGUUCCUCGAGUGGAGACCAAGCUAAGGGUUUUCUCGUACAAGAUCCAGUUCCAUUCCCAGGUUACUGAUCUUAGAAGAGGUUUGAAUACAAUACAUCAAGCAGCCAACGAGGUUAGAGGAUCCGCUAAACUAAAAAGAAUCAUGCAAACUAUACUUUCCUUGGGCAAUGCCUUGAACCACGGGACCGCAAGGGGCUCAGCUAUAGGAUUUCGCUUGGAUAGUCUUCUGAAACUCACUGACACUAGAUCCCGCAACAGUAAGAUGACUCUGAUGCACUAUCUCUGUAAGGUGCUCGCCGAAAAACUUCCUGAGCUACUUGAUUUUCCAAAAGACCUGGUGAGCUUGGAGGCUGCAACAAAGAUUCAACUAAAAUAUCUAGCAGAGGAGAUGCAAGCAAUUAGGAAAGGGUUGGAGAAAGUUGUACAAGAAUUCACAACAUCUGAAACUGAUGGUCCAGUAUCAAAACACUUUCGUAUGAACUUGAAAGAGUUUCUUAGUUUAGCCGAAGGAGAAGUUAGGUCCUUGGCUUCUCUUUAUUCAACUGUGGGUGGAAGUGCCGAUGCUUUGGCGUUAUAUUUCGGAGAGGAUCCAGCUCGUGUCCCGUUCGAACAAGUUGUAUCCACCCUGCAAAACUUUGUUAGAAUAUUUGUACGGUCGCACGAGGAAAACUGCAAGCAAGUCGAGUUUGAAAAGAGAAGAGUACAGAAGGAAACAGAGAACGAUAAACUCAAGAAAGGUGCGUGCAGUGAGAACUGAUACACAGACGUCAAACACAAAAAGGUUCAUGUUCUCUACUCGCUCGACCUCCUUGAGUUGCCUUUGGCAGUCCUGGGAACCAGAAACUACAUGUUCCGGCUCCUAGUUAGAGAACUUUCAAUUUAGUUCAUCAUCAGACAAGACAGUGGCGUUGGAAUCAGUCUUUUAGCUUAGGUGAUAGAUUACAAAAGCAGAUGGGAUCUGGCCGUUAUCUACUGAAGAAGACAUGAAGAUUCAGCUCUGUGAUAUGAUGGAAAUAGUAUUAGAUAGACUUGUAGCUGUUGAGUUCUUCCCUGGUUUAAUGCAGAAAAUGUUAUAUAACUUUUUUUUGUGUAUAAAUUUUGGGAGGAAGAAAGGGAUGUGUAAAUAUUGAGUUGUGUUUUGUGUGUGUGCGCGUCUUAUCAACACUUGCAAUCUUACAUCCAAUGAAAUAUUUAGGCUUUUCCUACA